AUGUCCGCUAGCGCUGGAUUUUCCUUUACCGACAAAACUAACGAUGCCCUCACUACCGCCAUCGGUCUCGCCCGUGAGCGGUCCCAUGUUCAUGUCCAACCCAUCCAUAUCGCUCUCGCCCUUCUCGAUCCAACCGUGAUCGGGACCAACGGCGGUACCGGUUCAGCCGGCGGCGAUUGUCUGUUUGCAAACGUCCUUGACAAGGCCGGCGCUGACGCCCGGGAAAUUACACGGGCUCUCAACAAGCGCUUGGUUCGUGAGCCGAGUCAAGACCCACCCCCCGAUCAAGUUGGCUUUUCGUCCUCCUCAACCAAGGUCCUCAAAGAGGCUCAGAAACUGAUGAGGCAGCAGAACGAUGGAUACAUUGCUCAAGAUCAUCUCAUACUCGCCCUGCUCGAUGAUUCCGUAAUCAAGCAAAUUUUCAAAGAAGCCAAUGUUUCCGAUCAAGGCAUCCGAACUGCAAUCUCCGCCGUUCGAGCUGGCCGCAAGGUCGACAGCAAAAGCGCCGAGGAAGGAUUUGAUGCUCUUCGGAAAUACGCUAUCGAUUUGACCGAGAAAGCACGAGAAAAUCUGCUGGACCCGGUCAUCGGACGGGAUAACGAGGUUCGGCGCUGUAUCAGAAUCUUAUGCCGUCGUACCAAGAACAACCCGGUCCUCAUUGGUGAACCUGGCGUCGGAAAGACAGCGAUUGCCGAAGGCUUAGCUCAACGGAUGGUCAACAGAGAUGUGCCUGCAUCACUAAUCGGACGAUUAUUCGCUCUGGACCUGGGUGCCAUUCAGGCCGGCGCAAGCUAUAAGGGCCAAUUUGAAGAGAGAAUCAAAUCAAUUCUCAAUGAAGUAGAAAAAGCCACCGAAAAGGGCGAAAACAUCAUCCUAUUCAUUGACGAGAUGCAUCUGAUCAUGGCCGGUCAAGGCGCUAGUUCCGGCGGGAUGGAUGCUGCAAAUCUCAUUAAGCCUGUCUUGGCUCGAGGCAAACUCCGUUGUCUAGGUGCCACUACCCUUGCGGAAUACCGCAAGUACAUUGAAAAAGAUGCGGCCUUCGAACGCAGAUUUCAGCAAGUUAUCGUCAAUGAACCCUCAGUACCCGAGACAAUUUCGAUCCUUCGGGGUCUAAAAGAGAAAUACGAAACUCACCAUGGUGUCACCAUCCUCGACAAUGCUAUCGUCACUGCCGCCACUCUUGCUCACCGAUACCUAACGGCCCGUCGAUUGCCAGAUAGCGCUAUUGAUCUGGUUGAUGAAGCAGCAGCUGCUGUGCGAGUUACAAGGGACAGUCAGCCAGAAGCUGUCGACAGACUCGAGCGUAAGAAACUUCAGAUUGAAGUUGAAGCUCAUGCCUUGGCAAAGGAAAAAGAUGAUGAGAGCAAAACCAGACUGGAGGCCGUGAAUCAAGAAAUCGCUGCCAUCAAUGACGAAUUACAGCCUCUCAAAGCCGCUUGGGAAGCUGCCAAGUCGCGUGGUGACAAAAUCAGAGCUGUUCGAGAGAAAAUCGAUUCUUUGAAAGCCAAAGCGGAAGACGCGGAGAGGCGGUACGAUGUAUCAACUGCCGCCGAUCUACGUCACUACGCAAUCCCAGACUUAGAAGAGCAAUUGUCUCUCCUAGAAGCUCACAAGCGAACGGAAGACGCUAAGCGAGGGCCAUCCGAGCUGGAAGAUGAUGUCGUGACCAGUGACGGAAUUUCCGAGAUCGUGGCCCGUUGGACUGGGGUCCCCGUUUCACGCCUGAAAGCCACGGAGAAGGUCAAACUCAGAAUGAUGGAAAAGGCACUGAUGAAACAAGUAGUUGGUCAACCUGAAGCCGUCAAGGCUGUGGCUGAUUCCAUCCGACUCAGUCGCAGCGGUCUGUCCAACGAAUCACGCCCGAUCGCCUCCUUCCUAUUUUGCGGUCCUUCCGGAACCGGCAAAACGCUCCUGACUAAAGCACUGGCCAAAUUCCUCUUUGACAGCGAAGAGGCGAUUUGUCGGAUCGAUGGAAGCGAAUACUCUGAGAAACAUAGCAUCAGUCGACUUAUCGGCAGUCCACCCGGCUACGUGGGCCACGAAGAAGGCGGAACAUUGACUGAAUGGGUCCGUCGAAAACCAUACAGUAUUGUGCUGAUCGACGAAAUCGAGAAGGCGUCCCGAGAAUUCAGCCAGUUGUUCCUUCAAGUCCUCGAUGACGGUCGUCUGACCGACAGUCAAGGAAGAGUUAUCAGCUUCCGGAACUGUGUGAUCGUGAUGACGAGCAACUUGGGCGCCGCUUUCCUCAACGAACUUGAAGAUGACAGUCACAUCCCUGAUUCAACCCGGUCUUUGGUUCACGGAGCCAUUCGCUCACACUUUGCUCCUGAAUUCAUCAACCGCAUUGAUGCCACAAUCAUUUUCAAUAAGCUCGGCACAGCACAAAUCAGGUCGAUUGUCGAUGUUCGACUGGCCGAAAUCCAAAAGAGACUACACAUCAACGGCAAGAACAUCCAGCUAGAGAUCGAUGACCAAGCGCGCAACUGGCUCGGACAAGCUGGCUUCAACCCGCAAUACGGUGCCCGACCACUCAACCGGACGAUCCAGAAUGAACUCCUUCACCCCCUCUCACGGAUGAUUCUGGAUGAACGGAUUCGGGAUGGCGAGGCUGCUCGGAUCACUGCAGACUGGAAACUCAAUCGUCUCGUCAUCUUCCCCAAUCAUGAAGCUUUGGCUAUGGAUAUCGAUGAGGAACAGGAUGUACUUUCAGAUGAUGAGAUCAAGAUCGAAGAUGUCAAUUAA